ACCUGCCCAAGACACACUUAUAGUCACAACUGCGUGAGUGGACAUCGACGACCUUGACAGAUGGUAUAACGUUAUUAAUCUGAAAAGAACUACAAAAUGAAAAACCUUCUGACAACAAUGUUGCUUGUGGAGCUGAUGACAGGGUGUGGUCAAGUCACGGGGACAUGCAGUCGAGGGGUUAACACCCCCGGGAUCCUGGCUGGUAGUAGACUCGUGGGGUCAGUCUACCUCGUGCUCCAGACCCUUAACCUACAGGACUGUGUGACGUCAUGUUUGCAGCAGUCUCGCUGCGCCAGCUUGAACUUCAAGGCGGGACAAUGCGAGCUCAACUACGACAACUCGACAACGGCUCCUUCUGGAAUGGUGGCUGCCCCUGGUUGGAACCAUGCAAGCGCGUCACAUAUGCCAUCGCGACUUGCCGGUGUCUGUGAGUCCAGACCGUGUGGUGUGAACUACACGUGUAGAGACAGGGGCUGGAGCUAUGAAUGUGAACAAGAGGAGUUAUGCUUCACAAGAUCGACGCUCUAUCUCGGAACCCUGAACAUUACCAACACCGGCCGGACAUGUCAGAGGUGGGACACUGACACCCCACACAAACGUCGAGACUAUCCCAUGGGGAUGUCACGCGGGGACCUCGCCCUAGUUGACGAGAGCAACUACUGUCGGGUGAGCCCCUACACCGAGGUGCCGUGGUGUUAUACGCUUGACCCCAGCGUUCGCUGGGAGAAGUGUAGUGUCCCGUUCUGUUGAGUACAGUUUUCAGUAGACGGUUAUGGAAAUCAUAUGGACGCUCAAGUGAAGU